UAUUUUCUCUUUUUAUUUCUCCUCUUUUUCCUUUUAAAUUAUCUCUCAAUUUGUGUAUGUACCUUAAGCUCCUAUAUAUAUGAUUUCCUUUUUUUCUUUCUUUCUAACACCUCUCUUACUCCUUUUUCUAUUGUGCAUCUAUUUGAUUUGAUUCUAAAUGGAAAACAAGCUUAGAAACCAUAAUUUUACAUGCAUAGCAAAUUCAAACCAAUCUAAAAAUUCCCUAGCUAUGCACAAACAAUCUCAUACAGUAUCAAAAAUCAAACCAAAGAUACGUAUAAUUCACAUAUUUGCACCUGAGAUCAUCAAGACCGAUACCGAGAAUUUUAAGGAACUUGUUCAAAAUUUAACUGGGAAACCAAGUGAAGAGAAAAGGUAUUACAAGAAAAAGACAAGAAAAGUUGAAGUUGAAGAAUCAAAAAAAGAAGGAAUUAGAGAACAAGAAUCAAGGAGUACUAGUAGUGGAAGUGGCCUAUCAUCAGAGGAAUUUCCAAGAAUGAUGACAAUGAAGAAUGAAGUGAGUAAUGGUGAGUUUUGGGGGUUGAAUCUAACUAAAGUUAAAGAAGAAGUAGGGAGUGGAGGGUACUUAGGAGGGUUUUCAGAUUUGGAAGGGUUUAUUUCUGAGAUUAAUGGUGGAUUUCCUAUGUUUCCUUUGGAUCAUGUUACUAAUAAUAUUCAAGGGUUUGAACAACAUCAACUUCUAUAGGAUAUAUAAAUUUAUAGAUAUACUAAUGUAUGCCUCUAGAUAUUUAGAUCUAGCAAUUUAUUUCAGUGAUAUGUUUUUUUUUAUUGUGAAAUGUUAAUUUGGUUUCUUCAUAUGAUAUAUAGAAUGGCUUAUUCAUCAUCUA